AUGCCGAUGCCUGAAGAGAGGGCGAGAGAAUCACCUCAUUUCACAACGCUGCAGGAGCUUUACCAGGAAAGGAAGGUCUUUGUGGAUUUGCCUCAAGACAUCUAUGGCGUGGCAAUCGCUGCAGCAAUUGGGGACUUGUCGGUCAUCAUGCACGGGCAAAAUGUGAAAAAGGUGAACUUCGCAAGGCUGAUAUUUGGCAUUGUGACGUUGGCCGUGAACUUGUGGCUUCAACUCUUCAUCCUGUACUAUGUGAACCACUAUAUUGUGCAAAAUGCUGUGCACGACGCCCAGGAGAAUUAUGCACAAUUCCAUCGCGAAGUCUUUUCCGAGGACGGCGAGUUUGUGCAAGAGAAAUGGGAUAAUUGGAACAAUGGCCCUUACAUGGAGCUUUGCAACAUGGCUGUGAGCAAGCUCAGCUUUUCUGCAGGCAUCGUCUUCCUUUGGUGUGCACGCAUGUUGAACGAAGUGCGUGACAGCUGGCAACUGGCUCAUGACAUGUUUUCCAUUGAGAAUUUGCCGGCUGAAGCCAAACCGCAUGAAAUGUUGUACGAGGUGCUGGAUGACAGUGGAGAAACUCUGCGGGUGGAAAUUGUGGCUGUGAGUUGGCAAGCGAGAUUCAUUGUGUCGAUCUUGGUUUUGCUACCCAAGAUUGCGGUGGCUACGUUGCUCACUUACAUUGGAUGCCGUUGGCUCGCUGCGACCCAGUCCUUCGGCGAUUUGAUCUUGAAUGCUUUGGCGUUGGAAUUUGUCAUAGGCAUCGACGACUUGAUGCACGAGGCCUUCACGCCUUUGGAUGUCCGUCAGUUUAUUGAGUUGACAAAGUUCGCUCACAUUCCGAAGGACAAAAGUGCUUUAGAUGGGCAAACGGAUGAAACCAGCGCAGAAGUGAUAAGGAGCAUGCUGCUUGUGGUGGGACUUUUGGUUUGGGCAUUCGUCUACUUAAACUACUUCCAGCAGGAUGCCGCCCACAUGUGCCGUUCUAUUUGUGGAGAAGGAGAAGACCAAUUUUUUAGAAUCGAAGGUACUGCCCAAUUUUCCGCACGACAUUCGUGA